AUGUCUUAUAUGAAGGCAACCGUCGAGCCCACCUCCAAGGGUUUCUCGGUCUGCGGGUACGAGAAGAUCGAGUAUGACUUCGAGUUCCUUGACGGGGUCCUGGAUCCUGCGAAGCCGCAGCUGGCAGAGUGCUACCAGAGAUGGAAGCGCUGCCUCGCCAUCAUGGACAUGAACAUGUUUGAGCUGUAUGGCGACCAGAUGCAGCGGUACUUUAACCACUACGGCAUCGACCUCAAGGUCCACCAGACCAAGGUUGGUGAGAAGGCCAAGAACAUGGACACCCUCCUUGGUAUCGUCGACUCUAUGAACGAGUUUGGCGUGUACCGCAAGGAGCCUGUCCUUGUCUUUGGCGGUGGCCUCGUCACCGAUGUUGCUGGGUUUGCAUGUGCGGCCUACCGCCGCAACACCAACUUCAUCCGCAUCCCCACCACCGUCAUCGGCCUCAUCGAUGCCUCCGUGUCCAUCAAGGUCGCCGUCAACUACGGCAACUACAAGAACCGUCUCGGAGCCUACCAUGCCCCCAUCCACACAUUCCUUGACUUCACCUUCCUCCGCACCCUCCCCGUCGCCCAGAUCCGCAAUGGCUUCGCCGAGCUCAUCAAGAUCUCCUCCUGCGCCGACAAGACGACCUUCGACCUCCUCGACGCCCACUGCGAGGACCUCAUCGCCACCGGCUUCGGCCGCGCAGACGGCUCCCCGGACGACCUGAGGAAGGCCGCCGACCGCAUCUGCCGCGCCGGCAUCCACGAGAUGCUCAAGCUCGAGACCCCCAACCUCCACGAGAUCAUGCUCGACCGCAUCAUUGCCUACGGCCACACCUGGUCCCCCCUCCACGAGCUGAUCCCCGACCCUCCCCUCCGCCACGGCCACGCCAUCUCCGUCGACAUGGCCUACUCUGCCACCCUUGCCCACCUCCGCGGCCUCCUCUCCAGCCCGGACCACGCCCGCCUCCUGCGCCUCUUCUCCCGCGCGGGACUCUCCAUGGACCACCCCCAGUUCGACCCAACCAUCCUCGAGAAGGCCACCUCGGCCAUCCUCAGGACCCGCGACGGCAAGCUCCGCGCCGCCGUCCCCGUCAGCCCCAUGGGCGACUGCGUCUUCCUCAACGACGUCACCCACGAGGAGAUGUGCAAAGCCCUCGAGGUCCACAAGGGGCUCAUGACCCAGUUCGCCAGGGCAGGCGCGGGCAUCGACGCCUACGUGGACGCCAGCGACACGGGCGAGGUUGCUGAAGCGGUCCAGGAGAAGGAGAUAGACAGCGCCAGCAACGGGCACUACACCACCACCCCUGCCAGUGCCUAUCAGCCGGCAAACGGGGUGCCGGCGAUGCACGCUGGCGGUGACCUCCCCCGGGUGGUGGACAAUCUCAAGGGAAGCAUGGAUCAGUCCGCUCGCGGUAACAAUGUCGUUGCCGUUGCAGAUGGUGGCUUGCAGUGA